AUGAGCAAUAAGCGGCCCACUUCUGGACGUUUCUGGAGGGGUCAGAACGAUAUCGACGGCGCAGCCCCGAUCAAACGAGAAAUUUCAGGCAUGUACGGUCUGCCCCUGUCUAGUCAACAGUGGUGCAGGUUCCCCAAACCCAUACUGGCCAACCUCGUGCGCCGGUUGCGUCGCCUCUACUCCCAGACACAGGCUAUGGAGCGCCACAGACAGUGCAGCCGAACCCAAUUCGACUGGGUUGGCUUUGACGAAGCUAACCUUUUCAAAGUCAGCUUCAGCAAGGAACUGUUUGUUCCUUCGAGAAUGUCCGUAAUCGACUGCCAGUGCAUAGGCAUUAUUCGACGUCUCUGCCUUUUGAGUUUUGACCCAAUACCGAAUGACUUUCUUCGCGGGGUUGGAAGGGACAAAAUUCCGAGUGAGACAAUCUCUCGAUAUGUCAAUGCUCCUGACCGUGGUACGGUGUUCCGUGAUACAUCGAGCCUUCAACAUUUGCAAGCGAUCCAACUAUUACACUACCUGAUCGCACAGAGCCCCCGUCUGAACGAUAAUUUAUUGCGCAUCAUGGACAUGGAGCGCCUUUUCGAGGCGUAG